UACUAGUAAUAAAGAUCACAAUUAACUCGUACUAAUACUAUAUGUUUACUACUCUCUCUUACAUGUACCGUUCCAGUUACUAGGGCAUAGAUCGGAUUCGUAUACAAGUAUAGAAGGACGUCAAGCUUGGAGGACGCGUUAGGGAUAUUCGGCUUUCGUGGAGUUCCGUUCAGCUGCUGACGAUGCGGAACAAAGCCGCGUCCUCGACGUCACCUCGCGAUCGGAGUUCCAUGACAUGACUUGCCUCACGCAGCAUCAGACUUCUAAAGUCGUCACGGUUGACCUUUUGGCUGUCAGGGUCGCUCUGUUCUACACAUUGCACAGCUAGUCAAUCAUUUCACAACGCUCGGCUCACAAUGUCGAUUUCAGAGUCCCUUCCGUGGACUCGGCGACCGCUGAUCGUCAAUGCGCCGGUAAGUCAAUCCCCACCAAGCUAAAACCCAUCUGAUGAUUCAACAGAUGGGAGGCAUUGCGGGCGCCGACCUGGCAGUCGCGGUCACGAGAGCGGGAGGCCUUGGCCAGAUCGGAGGAGUUCCAGACCUCGACUUUCUAUCUUCACAGCUCUCAAAGGCCGAACAAGCCCUCCACCGAGAAGAAGGCCUGUUGCCGGUGGGAGUCGGCAUCCUGCUGUUUGCCAUGGAGCCAGAUGCGAGCAUUUCUGUCUUGAGUAGAUACCGGCCUGCGGUGGUCUGGCUGUUCGCAGCGCAAGAAUUGACAGACUACGCCAUCUGGGCAGACAAGGUGAGGGAAGCGCUCCCGGAAAGCCAGAUCUGGAUCCAAGUGGGCUCGGUCGAGGCCGCCCUCACUAUCGCGAGCAGUGCAAGACCGUCUGCGAUGUGUGUGCAGGGUUCUGACGCUGGUGGGCACGGCUUUGAAAAGGGCGCCGGCAUCAUCGCAUUGCUUCCCGAAGUCAGCAAUGCUCUAGCAGCAGCGGGACACGCUGACAUUCCGCUCGUUGCCGCAGGCGGUAUCACUGACGGAAGAGCCGCCGCAGCUGCACUGAUCCUUGGUGCCCAGGGUGUGGUAAUGGGCACCCGCUUCCUGGCUGCACCCGAGACCAUGAUCCAUCCCAUGUACCGAUCUGCGAUUCUCAAUGCGCGUGACGGUGGCCAGAGCACGGUUCGUGACAAGCUUUUCGAUGAAGUACGUGGCCCGAAUCAAUGGCCGCGCGAAUACAACGGCAGGAGUAUCCGUACCGACAGCCUUCGAGAUCACGAGGCCGGGUUGGGCAUCGAAGAAAUACGGAGGAGAUUCGCAGAGGCAUCAAAAGCUCCUGACGGCGGCUUUGCGCUUCCGAAAGAUGGCGGUGGGAGGGCAGCUACCUGGGCCGGCACAGGUGAGAGACCCGUUGUGGUUGCAUGCAUCGUGCACAUCGCUGACUGGCGCCUGUGCCGCUGUUACAGGAGUCGGACUAGUGAAGAAAGAACAGCAUGCGGCUGAGAUUGUCGACGAGGUCAGACGAGAAGUCAUAUUGGCGUUCAACACGGCUAGUGCCAAGUUGUAG